AUGGCAGGAAAAAUGGAACCCAUUGUUCCUGCUCCAUCGGUACAAGAUGGUGGCCCAAUACUUAAAGACAAAUGGGUUUUUUGGUACUUAAUUCCUUCAAAAGGUGGCCAAAAUAUUCAUUGGAGCGAAUAUUUACAUCCUCUUCAUUCUUUUGAAACAGUAGAGAACUUUAACAGACUAUUAAACUCAAUAGAGCGUCCACAGAACUUAUUAAAAGGAUGUCGAUAUUACGUUUUUAGAAACGGAAUAAAACCAUUAUGGGAAGAUCCAAAAGUAAAAGAUUCUAAAGCAGUUUCAAUAGAAAUUCCAAAAUCUCAAGAAUACCAACAAACCAUUCACGAAAAAUGGACGGAUAUUGUAAGUACAAUGCUCGAAGAAGGACUUGGAAAUGAAGUUUCAGGCUCUGAAUAUGCUUCUCGUGCUGAUACUUGGAAAAUUUCAUGCUGGGUUAAAAAUAACCAAUCAGCUAUAGAUAACGUUGUUUCCCACUUAAAUAACUUGUAUCCAGCACUUUCUACCUCUAUCCAUGUAUCUGAUAUUGGUGAAUAA